UUCUAGUCUCGAAUCUUUUUACAUGUAGCAACGUGCUGUAAGUGGAGGGGAUAGCGAAUAGCUCGACGGCGCUCGACUAUCUGCUAUCCUUUUCUCUCGAGCUGUCUCCUUCAAGCCCUGGAAAGGAGACAGCAAAUAGUCGAUCGAUCGCUCGCUGCUGUAAAAGAUUCGAGACUGGAAGUUGCUGGAAGCAUUGUCGGCAAGACUGCUCGUGUUUUGUCAUGCUUCGCAUUUCGUGGCCAAAAAAAUUCCGUUAAGUGUCCCGUGUGAGUUCUACUGGAAAAUAAAUGAAAAUAACGAUAUUGUACAAUUCCCCAAAAGGUUAUAAUAGUCCUUUUUUAUCCAGAUUAAGAACAGGCGUACUCAAGUUUCCUACGGAGAAUCCAAAUUGUUUAACUUAUAAGAGGUUUAUAUAUAAGAUAAAUCAUCCCACGUGGCGUGCAUACUGAAUUUCUUUGAUGUACACGGCUGAAAUAUUUUCCACUAGAAGAUAAAGAAAAUAUCCUUUGUACGAUUCACCAAAAGGCUGUGUAAAACAUAAUUUGUAUCAAAACGAAUUUGAUGAAACAAAAUAAAAUUUGAUUUAAUUUUAAGAUAUAAACAUUCAUUCUAUACAAUUAUCUUACGAGUAAAAAAUAUAAAUGGACAUUGAAAUAUGCAAGUGUUUAUACCUGACAGGUUCUUCAAACGCAAAAUACAACGAAGGUACUGCAUUGACGCAAACGUCCGUCAAAUUUGUGCAGAUUUUGUUACCAAUUAUUUUCUUCUGGAAUUGAAUACUGAACGGAAUUAUGCCGAAAAUAAAAAAAACAAAGUUUUAUAGUUGUCAGCAUCGAAACAAACGUUUAGAACAAGCGGUACGGGAAAUUGAAAUUGAUAAUAGCCAUAAUGAAUUGGAAAAUGAAACUGAAACGAGUAUGUCAGAGUCAGCCAAUAGCAGUGACAGACAGUUGUGUAUAAACGAAGACGUUUCAUUCGAGUUAGAGUACAAUGAAGCAUGUAAUCGAUCAAUACAAGAUGAAGUACAAGAAGUUUUAGAAGAGGAGGAAAUAGAAGAAGAAGAAGAAGAAGCAAUAUCGUCAGAUGAAUACGAUAGCGAAGAUUCAUUGGAGUUGGAACGUGAUAUUGACAAUAGAAUAAAUAUUGACAGAUUAAAGACAAAUCUAGUACAAUGGAGUCAUAAAAACAAUAUAAAUAUAUCCGCCGUAACGAAUCUUUUACACACAUUAAGAAAAGAAAACGUUAUGAAAAUCCUUCCCCGUGAUGGUCGAACAUUAUUGAAAACUCCCAAAAAGUCGAACGUUAUUCCAAUGGAGCAUGGGCAAUACUGUCAUUUUGGAAUAGAGGAAGGCUUGCGGCAUAUAAUUAAUGUCAGUGGUGGCUUUAGAUGUCUACCAGAAGAAAUACAUUUGUCUGUGAACAUAGAUGGAUUACCACUUGCAAAGAGUUCCAAAAGCCAACUAUGGCCUAUUCUUGGAAGUUUUCGAAAUUUUGUAAACAAAUCACCGUUUUUGAUUGGAGCCUUUCACGGAUAUGAAAAACCUGCAGGCGUUGAACUCUUUUUACAUUACUUUAUCGAAGAAGCUACAAAUCUUGUACAAAAUGGUUUUACUUAUGCUGACAAUAAUAUACCAUUCUACAUCGAUUGCUUUAUAUGUGACGCUCCUGCGAGGGCUUAUAUUUGUUGUAUAAAAGGUCACAGCGGAUAUUAUGGGUGUCCCAAAUGUGAAACUAGAGGUAUCUAUCGAGGAAAAGUAGUAUUUGUUGAAAUGAAUGCUCCGUUACGUACCGCUGAAUCAUUUGUCAAUCAAACCCAAGCUCAACAUCAUACUGGAAUAAGUCCCUUACUACAACUUAAUAUAGAUAUGAUUUCCCAAAUACCUCUCGACUACAUGCAUUUGGUAGUACUAGGACAAGUAAAAAAAAUGUUGAAAAUGAUGACAGGAAACUUAAAUCCGAUGAAACUGGGAGCGCAACAAGUUGUCGACAUGUCACGUAGGCAGCUUGCAUUGAGGGCACAUAUCCCGUUUGAAUUUGCUCGAAAACCCAGAUCAUUGGAUGAACUUGAUCGAAUGAAGGCAACUGAACAUCGAGAAUUUGCCUUGUAUACUGGAGGGGUGGUUCUUCGUAAAAUUGUAAGACAGGGCGUAUAUGAGCAUUUUUUGAAAUUAUCUGUAGCUAUACGUAUUUUAGCAACUCCCGGAAUAGAUAUGGAACAAAACAGAUACGCAAAGCGUUUAUUAGAAGAGUAUUUUACUGACUUUUUAAAAUUGUAUGGAGAAAACAAUGCUACAUACAAUACACACGGAUUAUUGCAUCUGGCUGAUGAUGCUUUAAAAUGGGGAACAUUAGAUGCAUUUUCUGCGUUUAUUUUCGAAAAUUAUCUACAACAAAUAAAGAAAAUUAUGAGAAAAAAUGAUAAACCUCUUCAGCAACUAAGUAAUAGAAUUUCUGAAAUAAGAAAUAGUGUCACCGUUGAAACCGUUGAACGCAUCGAAACCUAUAAAUUAGGCAAACAAUGUUACAAUGGAUGCUUGAUAAAUGAUUGUACAGCGCCGAUGUACAAAAAGAUUCAAUUUCAAUAUUUUACAAUUACUACAAAAGCUCCCAAUAACUGCUGUAUAAUGAAAGAUGAGAGUAUUGUUAUAGUGAGUAACAUAUGCCAUCGUAAUAAUAGGAUUGUAAUUAUUGGUAAAACUUUAAAAAACGGAAAACCGUUCUUUAAUUCUCCUGCACCAUCCACUUGCUUUGGAAUACUACAAUUCUCUGGCGAAUACAGUUCUUUACGAUCCUUUCCAAUAGAAGACAUACAAAACAAAGGGGUUGUUCUUCCAAUUUUUGAUGAAAGCUACGCAUUCGAACACCGCAACAAUAUUGUAGUAUUUCCUCUCAUUCACAGUCAGUAAUUUUCCAAUUUUUAUUAUGUAAAUAUAUGAUGACCUA